AUGCCUCCCAAAAAACCCUCACAGAAAAAGGCACCUGUUGCGCCUGUAGCACAUCCCAUCCGACAUACACGAGUGACCCGUGCUUCUCAAGCGGCUUCUCGGGCUGCUUCUCAGGUUGCUUCACAAACUGACAACAGCCAGCAAGCUGAACCGAGUUUACCUCCACCUCCAGGUCAACGAGCUCCUCGUGCUCGUCAGGCGGCUUCCCGGUCGGCUUCCCAGGUCCUUUCACAAACCAACGACAGCCAGCAAGCUGAACUAAGUCCACCACCGGCUGGCCAACGAGCUCCCCGUGCUUUCCAGACUAAUUCUCAGGUCUUUUUAUCAACUACCAACAGCCAGAGAACUGGGCAAAGCCCUCCAUCACCCUCAGGCCAAGGAGUUCCCCGUGUUUUCUGGGAUACCUUUCCGGCUCCAUACCAUGUUCCUUCACAAACUACCGACAGUCAGCCAACUGGACCAAGUCCACCGCCGCCACCAGGUCGAGGAGUUCCCGAUGGUCUCCAGACUAAUUCCCAGGUUGUUUCACAAACUAGCAACACCCAAAAGACUGGAACAAGCGCACCACCACCACCAGGCCAACGGGUUCCCCGUGUUUUUCAAGCUGGUUCUCAGCUUCUUUCACAAACUUCCAAUAGCCAACAAACUGAACUAAGUCCCCCACCACCAGGCCAAGCUUUUAUCAAACCCCAAUUAAGAGGACUAACAAAGUCAGGUCAGAAGCGUUCACCUGAUGACGAACCUUCAGAAUCUAGCGGCUCAAAUACGGCUAGGAAAAGGUCGAAGAUCGAUCCGGCCUCAUCCCAGAUCCCAAUUCGAAAACCAAGAGGAAGACCUAGGAAGGUUCCGAAAGAUUCUCAAAUCAGCCCUCCCUCGCAAGACUCCGCUAGAAUUAUUACUGAUAGGAAGGGUAAGGGAAAAGCAAAGCAGGCGCUUUCAAGUUCAUCAAGUGACUUGCGAAACUCUGGUAGAAUGCCUACCAACAGAAAAGGAAAGGGGAAAGCAAAGCAACCUCUUCGAAGUUCCUCAAGUCUGGAACAAAGAAUGAGUCCGGUGCAGAAUCGUGCUUCGAAUAGGUCACCGGAUGAGAUGCCCGAUUUAAGAUCCGAUGAAAAUGCUUCUACUGCCGAUGUAUCCCUUCGAGCUGCUCUCAAGGCGGAUGAAUAUCGGGAACACUUCGAAAUCUUUAAUCAAGUCCGAAGCCACUUGUCCCAGCUCCUUCCCGACGAGGCUCAAGAGGCACUUCAAAUCGUCAUGGACCCCGAACACGCACUCUUUAUCCCUGAGGAUCAUGAACUUGAUGAAUACGUGAAGUGCUGGAGAAAGCGCAUAGAAAAGAUUGAUCGAGCGCACAAGACAGUCAGACGGGCGCACAGAGUGAUGCUUUGGAGCUCAGUUGUAGAAGUGAUCACAGAUGUAGAGGAGUGGCUAGAGUCCUGGAAGCCUGAUCGUUCUCCUCCCCAAAACCAAUAUGCUGGCAGGGUGGAACUUCCAGAUCAAUGGCUGAUGUGGAAAGUUGAGGCUCUUGUGUGGAUGGGAGAUGUACACAAUGCGAGAGGGUUAUAUCCUCUCCUAACUCCCGAUUCGGACUCGAUUGAUCGACGCGAUCGGUAUCGAGUGGAAGGUCUGAUCGAAUUUUCCGAUCGAGAUUACUCAGAAGCCAUCGAAUAUCUGAGCCUCGCGGUGGACGGUUCCGGUGAUUACUUCGGGCAGCAAAGCGACCGACUCGAAGAAGAGCUGUGGAAAUUGAUAACUCGCGCCUAUGAACUUCGAGACUUCGAAGAGAAGCUUGAACUUCAUCUCUCCGAAAUCGAUACAGAAGAUGAACCCACACAUUUAGGUUUGGCACUCAAAAUGAUACGUGACAUGACAGAUCAACCCAUGAGACUUAUCGAGUUACCCAUGCGGCUUUGGUUACGUGAGACUUUGUGUAAGCUGUAUUGCCAUGUGGGUCAUGUUUUCCUAGAAUAUCUCUUGGAUUUUAUCUGUCGGCUCUCGAUUGUAGCUGAACCAUUUCUCAUCUUUUCUGUGAAACAGAGCAUUCGCGCACAAACAGCCUCCGAUGUGGCUCAAGACAUGGUUUGUAUACGCAAAGAAGUUCAAGAGAUAAACAGGAUGACCGGAUUCAGAUUUCAUUCACGAAACCAAGUUUCUGAAGCGUACAAGCAACGCGUAAUAGCCGCAUACCUUUAUCUUGCUCGCUCAGAGGAAACGCAUUCAAAAUUGCACAUAGCCCGCCACAAUUAUAAAGUUGUUGAAAAAUUACAUCGAGAAGGAUGGGGAGCGAAGGGAUUGAUUAAUUAUGAUCAUCUGAGUGAAGAGAUACAAGCUGGAUGUGCGUUACGAGACCCCGAUAGUCGUCAAUUAUCACCUGUAUCACCUGAUUCACCUGAUUCACCAUUGCACGCAAGUCAUCCUCCGACUCCAAAUUUCUCCCGGUUGUCCACUCGAAUUGAAGGUGAUCGACUUCCGACAUUUUACGAUUACAAGCGGUAUUAUGCUACACUCGGACUUGGUCCUCAUGUCGAUUACUGGGAGUUGAGAACCCGAUAUGACAAAUUGGGCGCACGAUCAUGUCAUUCAGAUUACUUUCAUAUAAGGCUUGAAGAAGCUUUCAAUGUUUUAUCUGAUCCUUCCAAGCGACAGGAAUACGAUCAAAAGUACCUUUCAGUGGGAAAAGCUGGAUGUGCGAAGAAGAAGGAUAAAGUGAAACAAAACACUCUGAGAACUAUCAAGAAAGCCACACGGUGCAGCUUCCUUGAGUUGGCUGAGUUGAUUCGACAGCGGGGAAGGUGUCUCGAAGAAUGGCACUCGGUAGCGCAAAACAAAAGAUCAUUUUCCAUAUGGAAGAACAAAAGCUUCGGUCUAGAUGUGAGAGCCGGUUAA